AUGGACGCCCAAGACGGUCCAGAUGACGUGAGUCGACCUCGACAACCAAAGGCUCUGAUCUCCUCUCAACUGCGUGUCAAAUCAGCCGUCAGGGAUCUUCUGGACACGCCUAGCGAGCUACAUAUGUUCGAUGACAAUGACAGCUGUGAGGAGUCCUCUGUAUCCACUUGCACCAAGUCGUCACUGAGAAAGGCAUUGUUCGGCGCCAGCGAAGGAAAGAGCUCGAGUUGGACCAUGCUUCUUGACUUCCAGCCCAACCUCUUGAUGGGAGACAACCUUGCUGAAAUCCAACAUCAUUUCGGCGAUGUUGACCCGGAACAAGCAAAGGAGCUGUGGAUGGACAGUUGGCGCGACGUCUUUACGAGCUACACAGACGAGGUCUGGGGAGAUCUCGGUUCCCUCGUCCGAGAGGCCCAAAAGGAAGUCGAGAAGGCGCGGGAGCAUGGGCAGGGACAGGGGAGAACCGAUAUGAAGGCGCUCCAGCGGCUCAGACAGAUUCUAGCGCAUGUUCGGGGACCACACGGUUAA